CUGCUGCUUCUUCCAAUCCCUGCCGCUUGGUCACUCUCUCUCUCUCUCUCACACUGUCACUGGCGCCAGCACUCGAUAAUCCUGCCCGGCGAGCACAUGGAUUUGGUCGCUGGAAGAGCGAUGGGCGGGUGCUCGCCAUCAUGGGAACGCAUCAGGUCGCCGAGGAGUCCACUCUUGCUCACUUCUUUGGCCCGUCGCCCCGCUGCGUUCGCUGCAUGCCCAUGCCCGCCGGUUGUUUGUCGAAAUGCCUCAGUGGUGGUGCCGUUUGCCAAGAAGAAAAGGAAGGGGGGAAGCGAGGAGCCGCCUGGUGAUGAGGAGGAGGAGGAUUCUUUUGAUGAUUCGGAGGGCGGAGGCGAUGAGGAGGAGGUGGAUGUUGACGAUGAGGAUCUAUUGGAUGAUGAUGAGUAUGAUGAUGACGACGACUAUUCUUUCGAAGAUGAUUUUGACAAUGAUGAUGAACAAGACCUUUAUGUUGGGGAUGGAGGUGCUGGUGGCGGAAUAUCAUUUGCUGGCACCGGGUGGGACAAGGAAGCAUUGUCUUUGGCAGAGGAGGUCUCAACUUCAUUUGACGGAGACUUGAAAAUUUAUGCUUUCAAGACAGCUGCAAAUUUAACCAUCAGAGUACGCAUUGAGAAGAUGUCCACUAGAUAUGGUUCUCCAACCAUAGAUGACAUUGAAGCGUACACAAUUGCAUACCGUGCAAAAUUGGAUGAUGCAGAGUCAGCAGGAAGGAUACCACCGAACAUAUCCUUGGAGGUGUCAUCCCCUGGCGUGGAGAGAAUUAUCCGUAUCCCUGAUGAUCUCGAACGCUUCAAAGAACGGGCAAUGUAUGUCAGAUAUACCACUACAAGCGAUGGAUCAGGCACACCUCAAGAAGGGGAUGGCGUCUUCAGGCUCAUCUCCUACGACAUGGACCUGUGCGAGUGCACCUGGGGUAUAGCUGAUGUGAAGAUCAACAGGCAGCAGGCAGGCAAGGGAAGGCCCCUGAACAAGAAGCAGAGAGAGUGGCGGCUGCAGACGCCAUUUGAGUCUCUGAAGUUGGUCAGGGUGCAUUCUGAUUGCUGAGAUGCUUCCCUUGAGUAAACUUUUUUGUAGCCAUUUACUGUCGCAUCGUAGGUUCUGUCAAAUUGUGUACAAAGAGAUAAACUGUUCUCCUGUUUGUGUGUGCAAUAGGUGGAUCGCUGUCGAUUCAAAAAGGCUAGAUUGAUGUUCCAAGUAUACCGGCACUCUGCAUUUUUGCAUUCAAUGUUGUAUCGCAGGUUCUUAUCAAUUUGUCUACAGAUUACGGAUAAAA